UCGUUCCACCUAUGUCCAGAUAGCAGAGAACUGCCAACGGGCAGUAUUUCCAUACAAAUUUACUUCGCUUUUUACGAAGGGGUAGAACUUAAUUUUGUAGAACGCCAUAAAAAACAAGUGAAAAAACUUAGAUCCAGAGAGAAAGUUUCAAACUCUAUAGUAUCGACAGUCAUUCAUUCGUUAUAAUUCCCGACGUUCGCUACAUUGAUAAGUAAUAAUCGAUUUCAAAGUUUUGUAACAGAUGCACGCACGCGAUAUCAUAAGCGCAAGCCGAACGACCUUAGAAUCAAUGCUAUCCAGUCGUUGCAAACAGUCGUUUCCGAGCUCUCUGCGAACAUGCACCCCUCCGUUCAGAAUCAUACCAUUCAACCGCGAAAUCCAAACUACGAGAACGAUAUCAUUUACGUGACAAAGUACCUCAAAUGGACACUGAAUUCCAUCGGAAUAUGGCCAACAAUGUUAAAAGGGGACGGCAGUAUUUUACCAAAGAUCGCAAUCGUACUAAGUAACUUUGUGUUCGUUUUCUUCGAAGUGCAGUGCAUGCUAUAUAUUACAUUGGAAGAAAAAGAUCCUCUGUUAAGACUGAGAUUCCUAGGAUUGGUUAGCUAUUCCUUAGUCUGUCUGCUGAAGUAUUGGGCACUGACGAUGCGCAAAUCAAAAAUUAAACACUGUAUCGAGGAAGUGAAUACAGAUUGGAAGCAGGUGGAACUCCAAAAAGAUCGUACGUGUAUGCUAAAGUACGGGAAGAUCGGAAGAGAUCUGAUUGUAUACUGUGCUGUGUUCCUCUACUGUGGUAACAUAUUCUACAUCACAAUUCUGCAGUAUGCGAUAGCAUCGCAAAUAGAUGAUGAUAAUCAUACGAUCAGAAUACUACUGUAUCCUAUGUAUAGUGGUCAUAUCGAUGCCCAAGAAAGCCCCAUCUACGAAAUCACGUAUAUUCUUCAAAGUUUAUGCUCAAUCAUGAUGAACGCUGUAAUAUGCGGUUGCUGUGGAUUGGCUGCGCUUUCUUCAACACACAUCUGUGGACAAAUCGACAUCAUUAUAUCUCAGUUAAAUGAUCUGGUCGACGGAAAAUUUUCCAAGAAAAAUUGCACUACGAACACUCGGCUAAUGAACAUCGUACAACGUCAUACAAAAAUUUUAAAAUUUUCUGCCAUGUGCGAAACGGUUCUGCAGGAAGUGUGCCUUUUCGAGUUCGUUGGUACCACGUUUGUAAUAUGCUUGGCCGAGUACUAUUGCAUAACGGACUGGCAACAGGAUAAUAAACUCGGUGUAUUAACGUAUUUCGUGGUACUAAUAUCUCUAACGUUUAACAUGUACUUGUGGUGCUACAUUGGCGAUCUACUAAUAGAAAAGAGUACUAGCAUUGGCGUAUCAUGUUGCAUGAUCGAUUGGUAUCGCUUACCAACUAAGACAACUCAAGGUCUCGUUUUAAUUAUCGCUAUGUCAAACACCCCGAUGAAAAUUAGCGCCGGGAGGAUAGUUUAUAUAUCUUUGUCUACUUUCGGAAAUGUUUUGAAGUCGUCGUUCGCGUACUUCAGUUUCAUCCGGAAUACUCUCAUGGAAUAAUUUAUUAUUAUUCAUCGUUGUAAUUUCGUUAUUUAAAUAUUUAAUUCUAAACUAGUGAAUAAAAA